AUGGGGGCGGGGUGGGGGCAGCCUUUUCCCAGGCGGUAGCGGGGGCGGUGUCACUGUUGCCCUUUUAAGCCGCGGGGCCGCCACCGCCUGCCGGUGGAGUCGGUUACAAAGGGAGCGGCCGCGGCCCUGUGCCCCUCGCCAUUUCCCAGCCGCGCUCCGACGCGGGUCGCGACUGCGGGGAGAGGCGGAGCCGCGAGAGCGCGGCCCGGGCCGGCCCCGCGGGGCGGUCGCGGCCGUGACGGCGGCUCCGGACCGGGCUCCCCUUCCGCACCCCUCCCGCCGGAGAUGAGGGGAAGAUGUCCGUGUCAGGGCUCAAGGCCGAGCUGAAGUUCCUGGCGUCCAUCUUCGACAAGAACCACGAGCGAUUCCGCAUCGUCAGCUGGAAGCUGGACGAGCUGCACUGCCAGUUCCUGGUGCCGCCGCCCGCGCCGCCGGGCAGCCCGCACUCGCCGCCGCCGCCGCUCACGCUCCACUGUAACAUCACGGAAUCCUACCCAUCUUCUUCACCCAUAUGGUUUGUGGACUCUGAUGACCCAAAUUUGACAUCAGUUCUGGAACGUCUAGAAGAUACUAAGAACAAUAAUUUGCUUCGUCAGCAAUUGAAGUGGUUGAUAUGUGAACUCUGCAGAUUAUAUAACCUUCCUAAGCACCUGGAUGUUGAGAUGCUAGAUCAACCACUACCCACGGGUCAGAAUGGGACAACGGAAGAAGUGACUUCAGAAGAAGAAGAAGAGGAAGAGAUGGCUGAAGAUAUAGAAGACUUAGAUCACUAUGAGAUGAAGGAAGAAGAGCCUAUUAGUGGGAGAAAGUUGGAGGAUGAAGGAAUUGAAAAAGAAAAUUUGGCAAUAUUAGAGAAAAUUAGGAAGACUCAGAGGCAAGACCAUUUAAAUGGUGCAGUGUCUGGGUCGGUGCAAGCUUCAGAUAGACUUAUGAAAGAGCUCAGGGACAUAUACAGAUCACAGAGUUAUAAAACAGGGAUUUAUUCAGUGGAACUCAUAAAUGACAGUUUAUAUGACUGGCAUGUUAAACUGCAGAAGGUUGACCCUGAUAGUCCUUUGCACAGUGAUCUUCAGAUCUUAAAAGAAAAAGAAGGCAUAGAAUAUAUUUUGCUUAACUUCUCUUUUAAGGAUAAUUUUCCAUUUGAUCCUCCAUUUGUUCGAGUGGUGUUACCUGUUCUCUCAGGAGGGUAUGUGUUGGGUGGAGGAGCAUUAUGUAUGGAACUUCUCACAAAACAGGGCUGGAGCAGUGCCUACUCAAUAGAAUCCGUCAUCAUGCAAAUAAAUGCCACCUUAGUCAAAGGCAAAGCCAGAGUACAGUUUGGAGCAAAUAAGAAUCAAUAUAAUCUAGCAAGAGCUCAACAAUCCUAUAAUUCCAUUGUACAGAUACAUGAGAAAAAUGGCUGGUACACCCCUCCAAAGGAAGAUGGCUAAAUAUGUUGACUGUCAUACAUUUGGACCAAUGUUGCUUUAAAGAAAAUCUUUCCAACAUGCAGACACAAGCUUUGAGUGCCCCUAUAACAGCAGCACCGAAGAUGUUAGCUAAUAGAUAUUUUAGUGGAUAAUCUGUCAACUGACAUCCAAUAUAAGUUACAGCCUUUUCAUUUUGCUCAUUUUAGGUAUCUUGGACUGAGCAGUGGGGCCUUUACUGUAUUUUUCCUGAUAAUACACAUACUGGCCACUCCUUAUCAUCUCUUUUUCUUGAAAAGUGAAAUCUUUUAAGCAGAUGAGUCAGCAUCAGGUUACUGAAGAUGUAACUUUAGGGUAAUUUUCCUAUAUUGAGCACGUAGGUUAUGAAGAUUUGCAAGAUACUGUUCUGUUUAGAGCCAAUAAAAGUUUAAUUGAUGUUCAGUAUUGGUUUAGAAAAUUUCAGGUCUUCUAAAUCACAGUAGCUCUUUGAGGUCUAAAACCAUUUUAUGAUAUUGCCAAAAUAAUGUAAGGAAACCUACUCAUUAAAUUGUUAAAAAAUUUUUUUAUGGCUAUGUGAAGAUAGGAACUAUUUCCUGAAGAUAUAUUCGAGUUGUAUUGUGCUUUUAGACAAAGCAAAGCAAGGCUAUGCCAAUUAAGGCUUGUAAGUAGUAAUUUCCACUGGGGCAUCAGAGUCUUGCUGGGCUGAAUCUGCUUCUUGUUGGUUCAGUAUUUCUUAUGAAGAAAAGCCACAGUAUAGAACUUGAAGUUAUUUAAAAUACUAAGUCAUUUUACAUUUCCAUUUUAUUAACGGGAUGUUGCAAUCAUUAGUAAACUAAUAAACUUACAAAGUGAUUGGCACAAAGACUCCUUGAGCAAAAACUGCACAGUUAAGUACAAAAAGAUACCUAAUUUGGAGACUCUUAAACUUUUUGCUAUAGUCAUAACAAUGGCUUUUACAUUGAAAGACUAAUAGGAACUCUACAUAUGUUAAUUCUUUUAUAAAACCUGACUCAAAUCAAGGUACUCUCCAUUUUACUGCCUUACCUGAAUCAGUCCUGUGUGGUUGGUAAUCAAUUUUUUUAUACACCCAAGUUGGAUUUAAAAGUAAAUGGUAGUUAUUAAGCACUUUUAAAAAGAAAUCCAGAAGCACACUUUUCUGCACAAAUCAGUUACAAAGUUCAAAAGUGUUUCUUAUGCAUUUGUUUUUGGUUUUUAACUUUGUAAACCGUAUCCAAGAGACUUGGCACUUCUGCAUUAUUGGGUGUGUUUAAUUUCUUUUGAUUCUGUUUUGGUUAAGAGGGCAGUAGAUAAAUACUUUCUAGUAUUCUUGUUCACUUGGCUACAUUUAUAUAAAGUUCUGAUUGCCAGUUAUUCAGAUAACAAGUGACAAGGCAGAAUUCUUUAAAGCAUUAAAGUUUCUUAAGUUCCUUAAACCUAAGGCUAAAUCUUGAAUACAUUAUUGAAUUCUUUAAUAUCCUGAUGGCUAGCAGAUUGACAGCUGCACAGUUGGCAUGCUUUUUUUUUGGAUUCUAUUUUUCAUUGCAGAUUUAUUUGGCAAUGUACAAUAAAUUUUGUAAACUUGCAUCAAGUUUAUGAAUAAAGAGCCAUUUAAAAAUUU